AUCAACAAUCAUAAUCGAAUAGUAUAUAAGCUAUUGAACAAUAGGACCCAAAUACUAUGAGCGUCUUCUCCAACAGUCGAUCACUGGUCACGACUUCAGCCUCCGAUCCUGAUAAGAACGCUGACAUCUACAUCUAGUAUCUAACCCCCCAAAUUCCCAAUACCUAUAAAUAUAUUCAUUCCUCAUCUCAUCCAUAGUGUUCCCUAUAUAUACUACUCCGUAUUAUGAAUCCUCUCAUCCAUAUCACAAUCCAACAUUCUUAUCAAUCAUGAUAUAAUCAUUCUUCCACGUACAACUACAUAUAGAAUUUGAAACUCACCCAGAAACCCAAGAACCCAUUUCAGAACCCAAGAAAAAUGGAGAUCAAAUCACCAAACCAGCACAACACCACCCAAAACCCACCAAGAAAUUACCACAAAGACGCUCCCCUGAUUGACGAAAAUGCCCCUCUGGUGCCACCCAACAAGAUAGGGGACGAUCUUGAAACGACCCAAGAACAAGAUUUCAACGGUGCUUCGUUUUCCGGCGCGGUUCUCAACCUGUCCACCACCAUUAUCGGCGUCGGGAUCAUGUCGAUGCCGGCCGCCAUGAGGGUUCUGGGCCUCGGCCUCGGCGUCACUGUUAUAGUGGUUGUUGCAGUAUUGACAGAGGCUUCUAUUGAAAUGCUGCUGAGGUUUAGUAGGAUUAGUGGGUCUGGUUGUUAUGGUGGUGUUAUGGGUGAUGCUUUUGGGAAUCGUGGCAGGAAGUUGUUGCAAGUUUGUGUGAUCAUCAAUAAUGUUGGCGUGCUUAUUGUCUACAUGAUUAUCAUGGGUGAUGUGCUAUCCGGGACAUCUUCCAGCGGGGUUCACCAUGCUGGCAUUUUGGAAGGUUGGUUUGGGGAACAAUGGUGGACUGGGCGUGGUUUUGUUGUUCUGGUUACAACUCUUGCUGUGUUGGCUCCCUUGGCAUUUUCUAAGCGCAUCGAUACAUUGCGAUUCACAUCUGCUUUAGCUGUUGCACUGGCUUUUGUUUUUCUACUUACUGCUGCGGGAAUCGCAGUUGUCAAGUUGGCAAAUGGAAGUAUUGGGAUGCCUAGAUUGCUUCCUGAUUUUACUGAUAUGCAUUCAGUUUGGAAACUUUUUACAGUGGUUCCUGUGCUUGUAAUGUCAUAUGUCUGCCACUUCAAUGUACACACAAUUGGCAAUGAACUCAAAGACUCUUUGCGGAUACAAUCUGUCGUACAGACCUCACUGGCUCUUUGCUCUUCCGUUUACAUACUCACAAGCUUCUUUGGAUUCCUGCUUUUCGGCGACUCAACUCAAGAUGAUGUACUGGCCAACUUUGACACCGACCUUGGCAUCCCUUAUAGCUCAUUGCUUAAUGACCUUGUUCGAAUCACAUAUGCCCUCCACCUCAUGCUAGUUUUCCCCAUACUCUUUCAUCCACUGCGCCUUAAUGUGGAUGGCCUCUUUUUUCCCUCUGCAAUGCCUUUAGUGUCUGAUAACAGCCGGUUUGCAUUGAUCACUCUAGGGCUUAUUUCACUUGUUUACUUGGGUGCUAAUUUUAUCCCCAGCAUUUGGGAUGCUUUCCAGUUCACUGGAGCAACUGCUGCAGUUUGUCUCGGGUUCAUUUUCCCUGCUGCAAUUGCUCUACGGGAUCCCCACGGGAUAGCUACCAAGAAGGACAAGAUCUUAUCCGUGUUCAUGAUCUGUAUCGCUGCGUUUGCGAAUCUGGUGGCCAUUUACAGCGAUGCCUACGCCUUAUUCACCAAGAACGCGUCUCGUAGCGCAUGAUGUUUCCCUCACUCGCGUAUAGAAUCAAACCGCAUCCCCAAUUGGAUUCUGUUUAGAGCUCAUCUAUUUUUUUUAUUUAUUAUUUUUUUUGAUAGGAGUUCAAUACCCAAGUUGGAAUGUUUAUUUUGUUGUACAGUUUGUCCAUAUAUUUCUCAAAUCUUGUCCCAUUUGUACAGUUGUGCAUAAUUUUG